GUCUUCUCCAGGGCUGAGGUCACUCUUCUUGCCCGUAGGACUCUGCACUUGUUCCUUUCACUCCUGGCAGGAAAAAAGCAAGAACUCUGAAAAGCAGCGAUUAUCACUCUGCUUCCUUUGCACAGCCCUGUAAAUAAUUUAUUUGGAUUUGAGGGGCCUGAGACCAAAAGCAUACUGAACCUCUCUGUAAAUGGGUGGCUUCUGUGCUCAGAGCUUGAAGGCAGCUGCAAAGAGAAAAGUGCCUGUGAAAUCAGAGAAGACUUGAAGUGACGGGAGAACAGGUGGAAGUCCUGGAGACAGAUGGACAGCAGCAAGACGCAGCCUUUUUACAGCACGUAAAGGUCACCCACGAGGUUUCCACAUACACGUCCUGUGCACUUUGCAUCUGGGACUUGGAAACAACCGGCUCUGGUGUUGGAAAACACCAGGAGAGGUCCAAGCUGGGGCGCUUCCCAAGCCCCUCCUGCUGUACUGAAUACCUGGAUAAAACAAAGCCAGUUGUGUUCUCUGGGCUCGCCAGUUGAAGUCACAAGAUUCCGAGUAUCAUGCAGCACCCUGGAAUUCCUACAAAAGCUCGUCAGAGGGGGUAUGCUGUUUGCCGCGAGGAAGCGACCGUGCACCGGACUUUUCAGAUAAAAACGUUCAGUACAGAGUUGAAGAACCAUGUGAUGUUCAUGGAUUUUGUUAAGAGUAACUGGUUUCCCUCCCAGAGAAGAGCCAAAGUUUGUGUCGUCCACAGGUAUCAAGGCCUGAAGACAGCUGAGCAGGCAGCCAGCAGAUAUGAGAUCCACAGCCGGCUCUUCUCAUCCCCCAAAGAUCAUUCUGCCUGGGAACAAAAUGAACGUCUUUCAAACGAAGGAUUACGGGACAGCCAGUACCAUGCAAACGACCAAAUUGCCUUUAAAAAUCUCCAUUCUGAUGUUACAGAGAAGAAAUCUGACUUUGCCACUGAGGAGACUCUGGCAUCUCACAGCACAAAAAUGAUUUCAUCCAUAGUCAUUUCACAGCUGAUUGAUGAGAAUAAAUCAGAAGAAAGUGGGGCCGUGUUGCCCGGGCCAUGUGCAGUUGCUCAGCCCCACAUGCACCCCGUGAAGCAAUCACUGGCUCAUCGCCACGGCGUCGUCCUCAGCAGGGCAUUCGCCUUCUUUCCUGGCAGAUUAGGGGUGCAGACCCUGGCCGAGGAGCGAGGACCCGAGACGGAGCCGCCACCCCAAGAGGAGAGGCUGUGUGGUGGGCCGCAGAAGGGGUUUGCAUCCAUCACCGUCACAGCCAGGCGCGUGGGCCCCCCGGCCAGCGGCCUGGGGUGGGAGGCCCUAGGGGGCUCACUGCGCGCCAAGUGCCCGGCCCAGGACACUCUGCUCGGGGUCCCCUUUGCGUGGGCCAGUGGGGCCCAUGCACGUCAGCAGCAUGGACAUUUCGCCUGCGUGGAAUCCCCCCGAAGCAGCUCUGGGAUGAGGCUGAAGGUUCCAGCGGCCCAUGCGCAGCGGGGCGAGGACCACGAGUACUGGGUGACCCACGUGGAGAGCAGGGAAGAUCGCUUUCCUCCGGGAAAGCGCCCACUGGUGUUCAGCUCCUGUGUCCAUCUCAGGGUAUCUCAGCAAUGUCCAAAGUCCAUUUACUUUCUGGACAGGUCCCUCUGUGUCCCCAUUGAGCCACCUCAACUUGCUGGCCCUAAAAUGCACAGGUCGGUCCUGUCGCUCAACCUAAAUUGCAGUUCACACCUAUUGACACCAGAUGGAGCAGAUGGCACAGCUAACAGAGGGCCAGUGGGCAGCGACCUGCCAGAGACGCUCACGGAGGGAACCCCCGACCUCCUGGCCCCGCACUGGAGACCAGCUUUGCCAGGAAGGUUCCUGAAAGAAAACCCUUUGUUGGGGCCAUUGCCUUUGGGGACAGGCCCGUGUCCUCGGGGUGGCUCACUCCUGCUGGAAAACACAGACUUCACUGAUGUGGGAACUGACCGGGACACUCUCAGAAAAGGGCAAGAGGACCAUGUGCCUCAUUGUCACACAGGCGGCCGUGCCAACCGACUGUCCAUUCACAUUCCCGGCUGGAGUUACACGGCAGGAGAAUACACAUGCUCUGACUUGGUUGUAAAAAUCAAAGAAUGCAAGAGAAGGGAAGGCCCAAGCACGUCCAAGCCUAAGCCUGAGCCCGCAGCCCUGGAGCCGGCACCCGCCGCCGGGCCAGAGGCCCCCGCCCUGUCGGAGGACUGUUCGGAGCGCCAGCAAACACCUGCAAGUUCCUUGACCUUGCAGGAAGCACUGGAAAUCCAUAAACCUCAGUUCAUUUCUCGCUCGCGAGAGCGGCUGAAGAAGGUGGAACGUGCGGUCCAGCAGAGGAAAGCCCAGCGGAAGGAGUCCCUGGGGCCCAAGCAGAGCCUUCCGGCCCGGGCCAGCAAGAGGCGGUGCACCGUCCCCCAUCCUCUCAGCGAUAACUUGUUCAAACCCAAGGAAAGGUACAUUUCAGAGAAGGAGAUGCACAUGCGAUCUAAAAGAAUCUAUAAUAACUUGCCGGAAGUCAAAAAGAAGAAAGAAGAACAAAGGAAAAGGGUGAUCUUACAGAGUAACAGGCUCCGGGCGGAAGUCUUCAAAAAGCAAUUACUGGACCAGCUCCUUCAAAGGAACGCAGUCUGACCACAGGCUGCCCUCCUGACCCGCCGCCUGGACCUGGCACGACUUCAAACGCUGGAGAAGCCAUUAAACUUAGCAUCAUCUUCAUCAUGCAAAACACCGAUUUUACUUCUGAUUUUGAUUUUUUUUUUUUUUCAUAAAGGAAAGCAUAGCUUCCUGAAUUGCUGACCCAAAUCAGGCAGAAACAAUAACCCUCGAGGACAUGGGCCAGCAGGCUGCUGGGGGAAAGCUACCUGACACACAGUCCCUUCAGGAUUUUUUUCCUUCUCACCUAUACCUUUUGCUUCUCAUAUUUUCCCCCCUUUCAUUUCCACCCAGGCAGAAAUGCCUAAGAUCCCUGGGGGUUAUUAUUAUUAUUUUUCUUUUCAUUAAAUCUGGAACCUACAUCCAUCACCUUUUAAAUACCACUCCCAAUUUCUGUGGUUCUGCCAACUCCAAACUUCAGGCCAUCACACGGUAUGUUAAAACCCUCUGGACGCGUGCACCAUCUAAUGUAAGAAGACUGGGAAAAAGUAGGUGCUUGGCCAGAGAUGGAGCGGGUCUGUGCCUCCCCCAUCCAAGGAGUCAGGGCAGCCCUCAUGGCUGCCACCCACUCAGAACCUUUCUUCACUCAGCAAAAGACUAUUUCCAUGGAAGUGAUGAGGGCAGAGUUAGUGAGAAAACAGAGUAGGUAACUUCAGUAUUUUCUGCAAACGCCCACUCCCCCAGAAAGAGGUGUGUUGCCAAGACUGUCCCAAAGGCUCCAGCUCUGCCAUGUGUCCUUCCAAACAUACAGUGUCCAUUUCUUAUAAAUGUGUGUUUGGGGAGUUAAGAACCAACUAGUGGAAAUAUUUACCAAAAUGGAAAUAAAUGCGAUCAUCAU